UUUUAUAUAUAAUUUUAUGUUUUAUUAAAUUAUAGAUAUAUUUUCUUUUUUUCGCCAGAAACCAUGGGGAACUUUACUCACCUGUAUGUCAAUUAGUAUAUUAUAUUAGUGCGUCCCUAAAACGUCAAACUUGCAACAUAGAAAACCUUCAUCAAGUGCCCCCUAGAAAUGUCACACUUAAAAUAAAUCUCGCAAUUAAAGCCUCAAUGUGUUUUAGUGCCUAUUAAAGUAAAAAAAUAGUUUAUUUUGGCACAUGGUAUAUUCCAGGCUGAGUAAAUCCGCCAAUCUGCCCACUGAAAUCACAAAGAUUCGUAUAGUUAAUGGUUAUUCUGCUUUCCUGCUGGGAAAAAGGUCACGUUUAAAAAAAAAGGCUAGCAUUUUGAUCAAUAUUUGUUGGAAAUAAUUCAUCUAAAAUCAGAAAAUUAAUCAGUUGUAAUUUUCAAAUAUUCAGGUGGAUGUUAAGCUGACAGCAAUGCUGCCUUACGGUGUGACCUGUUUUAAUUAUAUUUUUUUCAGGUCAGUGUUAGAUUUAAAAAUAAAAAAUUACAAACUGCUACUACUAUUAAAAAUUUUGGCACACAAGCAUAUUUAUUAAUUUGUGUGUGUGUGUGUGUGUGUGUGUGUGUGUGUGAGUGUUGCUUUGGGGUCUCUCUCUCUCAUGUUGAGUAAACACUCAUAUGAUCACAUUCCUUCCAUUCCACAUUGCUGUUCACUUGGUCAUGUGAUGGAGGAGGAGGUGCUUCAGCUUCUGGGAAUGGGAAGUGUGUGUGUGUGUCUGUGUGUGUGUGUGUGUGUGUGUGCUUGCACUGGUAUCAUAGGAACAUGAUCAAGGAAGAGUCGUACUGAGCCAUUCGACACGUGAGCACAAAAUAUACAUGCUGUCAAGCUGCCAGAAUCUUUCAUGAGUGAACAAGAAAAUCCCAUGUCUGUGGAGCUGAGCUGUGGUGCUGGUCCCAUCCAUGUGGUUCUGGAGCCUCCUCGUCCUCUGCUGCUGGACUGCCACCUGGGGAGUGCCGAGACCCCGCUCAACAUCACCUGGCUCCAGGACGGGGUGGUGCUGAGCGAGAGCGAGGCCGUCCGGCUGCUUCCCAACAGCUCCCUGCUGCUCCUGCCCUCGGCCCAUGACGGGAAAGUGUCAGCGGGAAUGGAGGGAGCCUACAGCUGUCUGAGCGGGAGCUCCUUCGGGACGCUCACCAGCCGCAGUGUCACUCUGCAGCUCGCCAGACUUUCUACUUUCCUCCGGGACCCCGAGCCUCAGGUUGUACCGGCCGGAGGCACUGCGCGCUUCGAGUGCCACAUAGACGGAGUACCUGCUCCCAGCAUCACCUGGGAGAAGAACCACAUGCCGCUUCCCGUACCUGCCGAAUCAGUCAAUACGCCGAGGUUUGUAACACUUCCAAACGGCAUCCUGCAGAUUUUGGACGUCACGGCAGACGAUGGAGGUCUAUACCGCUGCGUAGCAUCUAACUCCGCUCACAAGCUCUACAGCCAAGACGCUUCACUAACAGUUACAUCAGGUCAUUCAGAGGAGAGCGAGGUGAUGAUUGUAGCUCCUCCGCGAGACUUGACGGUGGUUUUGGGGCGGCCAGCAGUGCUGGAGUGUAUGGCUCAUGGCCAACCCAAACCUUUCGUGUCCUGGAGUAGACAAGAUGGGAAACCCAUUGCUGCAGAUGUGCUCGUCCUCGCCACCAACCUCAUCAUACCUCACACACUUAGUCAUCAUGACGGAGUGUAUGUGUGUCGCGCCAACAAGCCCAAAACGCGAGAGUUCGUCUCGGCCUCCGCUGAGAUCCGCGUGCUGGCUCCUCCGGUGAUUGUGAAACCUCCUGAGUCGGUAUCGCUCUCUCGGGGGAACACGGCGAGGUUUGUGUGUAACAGUUCGGGUUCUCCAGCUGCGUCUCUGCUCUGGCUGAAGGACGGUGAGCGUCUGCGCUGGACGGCGCGGGUGAAGACUCAGAGCCCCGGGGUUCUCCUCAUCAACCAGCUGCGGCCAGACGACGCUGGAUAUUACCAAUGCCUCGCCUCCAACGUCCUGGGCUCCGCCUGCGCCACCGCCAAACUGUCAGUCAUUGUGAGGGCGGGGCUUCCCAGUCCUCCGCUUCACCUCCAGGCCAUGUCUCACUCCAGCACCUCCGUCCUGCUCACAUGGGAUCCUCCUGAGCACAAUCGCGAGCAGGUCAUUGGCUUCUCCAUCCACUACCAGCGCGCCACAGCAGGGUUUGAUAACAUGGAGUAUCAGUUUGCGGUGAACAACGACACGACGGAGUUCCACGUGAAGGAGCUGCAGCCUCACACGGCCUACACCUUUUACAUGGUGGCUUAUUCGCCCAUGGGAGCCAGCCGUCCAUCUCAGUCCAUCACUGUGGAGACGGUGGAGGACGCAGAAGAGGUGUUCUCAGUGGAGUUGGAUGGUAAUGAGACCCAGGUGGUCCUGAGAUAUCUGAAGCCCAAUCAUACAAACCAGUUACAGAUGGCUGCAGGAACACGUGCAGGUUUUGGUGAGCUUUCAGAGUGGACCUUUCCCCAAACGCCCAACUUUACUCAGGUGCUCUUUCCUCCCACUGAGCUCAAAGUGACAGCUAAGAUGCAUUCCCUCCACGUCACAUGGCAGCCGCCGCCCAAUCACACGCAGAUCACCAGCUACAAACUGGCCUAUCGGGAAGUGGAUGGCGAGGAGGCGGCCAGUCAGAAGAGUCCUGCGGCUGAUGCGUCGCGCAUCAGGCUACGCAAGCGAGUAAAGCAUUACGAAAUCACAGGCCUUGCUCCUGAUCGCCUGUAUGAAGUGAAAGUGUGGGCGUGUAAUAAGCAGGCUGAAGGCUAUCCUGCCAUAUGGAAGGGCCGGACUGAGAAAUUCACUGAUCGAGUUCGACCCCUGGACCACCCUCCCCCACUGCCCCCCAGCAUCGUUAAAGCUCAGGCUAACAGCUCCACGUCCAUCUGGCUGCGGUGGGAGAAACCGCCGUUCAGUAACGUACGCAUCAUUAACUACACGAUACGCUGCAGCCCUGCUGGCAACCGCAACGCCUCCCUCGUCUCCUACUACACCAGCACGUCUCAGGAGAUCCUGUUAGGUGCACUAAAACCCUUCACCCGCUAUGAGCUGGCCAUCCAGUCCAACGGCAUCAGCACCGGCGGGCCCUUCAGCAGUACGGUGGAAGAGUCCACACUCGCUGACAGACCCUCAUCCCCACCUACAGACCUACAGCUGAGCGCCAUAGACUCGUUCUCGGUGUUGGUGAGCUGGCGCCCCCCUCUGGAGCCUAAUGGCAUUAUUGUAAGCUAUCGAAUGCUCUAUAGCGGCAACCUCAGUCAGCCAGAUGACCUGUGGACCAACCUGAGCCAUGACGGAUCUGUCACUAGCACAGAGGUUCUGGGUCUUAUGAGCGGGACGCGGUACUACUUUAAGAUGGGGGCGUGCACAGAGGUUGGGAUGGGGCCGUUCUCACCUGUAAAGGAUGUACACACACCCCCGAAGAAAUACGAGUUGGACAUUCACGCUGUCACUGGGAUCAUCGUCGGUGUGUGUCUUGGUCUUCUCUGCAUCCUGGUCUGCAUGUGUGUUAGCUUCCGCAACGGAAAAAGCCGUGACGCCCCUGCAGGGUUGGAACCCAGUCUGUUAAACCCCCAGUACCGCAGGAGCGCCCAUCCUGUACCCGCUGUCGUACCUAACUGCACGGAUUGCCAUGAACUGGAGACCCUGAUGCCCCCUGGAGCCCAGGACCCGGUUCUGCCCCCAACUGAGCCUAAUGAGCAGCAGAGCCUCAUGGGUAGUGUAGGUGGAGCUUACGAUACACCAACAGAUCUAAAGCCAAGCUGGAACGGGUCAGUGAGCCGGGAGUGGGCCAGUCGGAUCAGUACCUACAGAGAGACAAUGACAGAAAACUCGCCGUGUCUCAUUAACGGACCUCGGGACACUACGGAGAGCAAGAACAGUCGUGAGGAGCAGCCGCAUUCUCUCGGCUCGAACCAGGUGGAGGCUGACGUGAUCGUACACUCGGAGCUGUCUGAUCCAGUGGAGGAGGUGCAGGAGCUUCAGAGUGACACUAAUCUCUCUCUGGGGUCUCCUGUUUCACGCUUCCCUUGCAGAGAGGAUGCUUCACCACCAUCAUUAUCCUCAAUCAAACCUGACACUGAAAUCCAUCCUGCAUCUCCCUGCUCCCCCAACCACUUUCAGGAUGUACUGGCUAAUCACAACGGGCCGCUGGAGAACGGGCUGGCCCAGCUGACUCUGGGAGGCGUUACUGAAGAGGGGGUAUCCCCUGAGCACCUCCAACCCGCUCUAGAGAACGGAGAUCACAGACUCCGCCCUUCAAGGAAGGCUCUGUCUCAGAUAGGACUGUCCACUUCCCCUCCAGCCUUCGCCAGGUCCGGCCUCGUCCACUCUACCUCAGGUGCGCACAGCUACCUGUGCUCCUAAGCAUUAAAAGAAGAGGAGGAAAUGAACCAUGAUGCCAAUAUUCCACUAUUGCAACGUAUUGUUUUAUAAGUGUGUACAUACAGAAUAUUUUUUUAGCUCUAGAAACCAUGGGUAUGCUUUUUGUCCCUUUUUUUUUGAGUGUGCAUGUAUUGUAUGUAUUCAUUUAGUAUACAUGGAUACAUGCACAUGUGAUAUAAAUAGUAUAUAUAAAUAUUGUAAAUUUGGACUUUUCGUACUCUGAAGAUGGAAUCAGAUGUCAGUGUGUGAAGAUCAGAACAGAACUCGGGUCUAGUCCACACUAACAAGAAAUUUAUAUUCGAAAACACUUUUUUCAAAUCUCUUUUUUUUUUACCCGUUUUCAACCGCUGAGGAUGUAUCGUUUCGAAUCCGCUCUCCAAAGUGGAUAAACAUGAAAAAACUUUAUUAUAUCGUUUUUCAAAAACACUAACGUAUAAUUGUCAUGUCAUCUCCGCAAUUCCAAGACGGCAGAACUUCUAAUUAUCUGUAUAUUUUAAUUUGUGAAACUGUGGCGUGCAAGAAAGCGUUUUUUUUAAUGUUCAUGUCGUCAAAACAAAGCAAAAUGACAGAAAUUGCGUAAAGUUUGUGGGUCAGACACCCGGUGUGCGUUCUCUGUUGUUUUCAUGUUCCGUUGUGGACAGGAAACUUUUGGUAAACGGAUUGAAAAUGUCGCUUUGCCAAACUUUACAUUUUUUACAGUUUUACAGUUGUGUUAGUGUGGACUAGGCCAUAGUCAGAUAAAUUGAAUAGACCAAUCAGAGAUUAGUACCUACAAAGCAGCAGUAGACUUACAGCAAGAGUCCACAACCCUGCCACGCACUACAGAUUUCUCAGGGUUAACACACACACACAAACACAUACACACAUGAAAACCUAAAGCAUGCAUGCACACACACACAAACACACACACACACACAUGGUCCUGGGUGGACAAACCAGAAACUACACCUUCACCGACUUUCCUUUCAGCUUGAUUACGUCUUACCUAUCAGUUUCUUUCAUUCCUGUCUCUCUCUCUCUCUCUCUCUCACACACACACACACACACACACACACACAAAUACAAUUCGGCGGUUUCUGUUUGCACCCGAGUGAAAGUGUGUUUGCACCUGGUUGGUGUUAGCAAUAUAACACGUUACCUGUUGUUAGCUAGCAUGCGUGACAAAACCAGUCUAAAAACCUUCAUCCAUUUUUAGCAAAGCAGUAUUAAAACAUCCAGUUUCUAGUGCUAGCAAACUUUACCACUAGUUAUAAGUUCACAAUAUAAUAGUUAGCUUAAUCUUAGCUAGAUUUCUGGCAAAUGUUCCUACAGGUUUUAAUCACAUAAUAUAAUAGUUAGCCUAAUGUUAGCUAGCUUUCUAGCUAACCCUUCCACUGGAUUUAAUUUCACACUAUGAACGUUAGCAUAAUAUUAGCUAGCUUGCUAGUGAACUUUGCUACUAGUUAACCUGAUCUUAGCUAGCAACGUUUGCUGCUGGUUUUAAUUCACAGUCUAUUAGGUUGGCUAAUGUUUAGAGUUUAAUAUCACAAUAUAGUAGUUAGCAUAUUAUUAGCUAGCUUGCUAGCGAACUUCGCUGCUGGUUCUAAUUUCACAAGAACGUAGUUUGCUUCAUGUUAGCUAGCUUGCUAUGUAAGCUAAAUAGCUUAGUAUAGUGUAAAUAAAACCAGUCUUUUAUGCUAAGCACUACAUUGAGGCAAAAAAAAAAGGUGAAAAUGAAGGAUUUGUUCAUGUCUUGUAAUUAAUUUUUGUGCCUUUAUGGGUGCAGUAAGCGGUUCUGUGUGGCUAAUCCUAUUGACACCCGGGUGCAAACAGACAGUCCGAUAAAAUACAUUCCUCGGCAGGAGUUUCUCAGGAGUUUUAUGUAUAUAACGAUGAGGAACUGCUGAGAAAAGAUGAAGGACAUGUCUACUGUACAUGUAGUCUGAUUUUUUUUAAAGAGUAAUUUGAUUUGUUUAAUGGGAGACCUAAAGCAUGUUUGAGGGUGCUUCAUACAUCUACUACUCCCAGCCACUACCUCAUUUGUUUAAAAUGGAUGCUAUAUUUUUCUUUUGUGAUUUAAUUUUCAGGAAUAAUUUAUAAUUCUGAGGCCAAUUUUGUGUACAUGGGUUUAUAAAGAUUGUGAUUCGUAACUUUUAGCACUUGCAGAAGCCUCUGCCUCUUUCGUCUUCUGUCGAUCAUGUCACGGCUCAUUAUAACAGUCAUUAACCUGACGCAUUAACACGACUUCCUGUCCUGAACCCUCUUCAGUAUAACAGCUCUUUUUUUCCCCUUAUCCAUAAGAGAUUAGCGCACAUAGGACUUUCUGAAUGAUGGGAGACGCGUCCAUGCCUCACCUCACUCAUCUUUUCUCAGGGAGCUCUGAACACACUCGCUGUGCAGGGAAUCCGAAAAGAUAAAAGAAGAAAGCAAACACGUCUGUUAAACUCUGUUCCUUCAGCCAUAAUUAGUUUUUUUAAAAUCUUGUUCUUUAUCUUGUUCUUCCUCACCGGUGAUGCGUGUUCUUUUUAUUUGCUCCUCAGAACCAAACAUCUCUUUUUUUUGUUUGUUUUUUUUUUGUAUUGCUGCUAAGAGCAGAAACUAUUUUUUUCUUUAUAUGCAUUUUAAAAUGAUUAUUUAAGCAUCUUGAAAAAUACUUAUAUUUCUUACAUGUUAAUUAUUUUAUUAGGAAUGAUUUUUACUGAAAUGCUGAUGCUCUUGUCAUACAUCAGUCUGAGGAAUUUGACUUUCUAUGUUGAUCUAGGACCAGUUUUCCUGUUUCUUUCUUUUUUUUAAUAUUACAUAUUAUACUUACAUUGAUAUUAGUAUUAUUACACCUAAAACGAAGUCAUUAUAUAUAUAUAUAUAUAUAUAUAUAUAUAUAUAUAUAUAUAUAUAUAUAUAUAUAUAAUAUAUAUAUAUAUGCUAAAAGCUAAAUAUUUCAUCAGGGUGCCAAGAGAAUUGUCCACUAACCACUCUCACAGGGUCCAGAGCUAGGUUUUGAUAUUCUAGCUCUUAAUACGUACAGUUGAGUGCAAAAGUUUGUGUAUCUUUAGGUUUCAUUUAAAAAAAAAAGAAAAAAAACUGUUUAAUAGUGUUUUCCUGUUGUUCCUCUUCAACUCACAGGUUUAUAUCAAUGCACUCGUUCUAAUACGCUAUCGUUUCUAUAGUAACAGCUCGUUCACAGGGACGUGUACAGCAGAAGCUCAAUGUAAUUUAGGACUACUAAAAAAUCAGAUUAAAAAUGUGUUGAUAUUCAACAAAGAAAACCAUGUAAUCAUUGAUAUGGUGAAGAUUUAUGUUAGUAUGUUAGUUAGUAUGUUAGGAGAUAACUUAGUUUAUUUAAUAUUUAUGGAAGGAGUCUCCAGUGUUAGCACAUUGUAACAGUCAGAGUUACAGUAACAGUAACAGCUUUAACUUUAUGUUUUCUGAGACAGGAAACUUCAGGACAGAAGAGUUUAUUUAAGCUUUGAGGUUUCUCUGAAACAUGACAAGCUGCGUUUUUUUUUUGUCUCAUUAACUUUGAGAGAGAAAAAAGCGAGGCUGGUGAGAGAACGACUGUUUAGAGCUGCUGUAACAUGAGUGAGAACAGAAACUCGCUUGCUUCAUGCAACUUGCUGUGAUAUAAGAGGAAUAAAACACUUUAGGACAUGCUGUUAUUGGAAAAUAAUCAAAUUCCCCCUUCAUGUUUUAUUCCUUAAUUAAUACUUAUUUUGUUAUCGGCACUUACUUUAUAAUAAUGCUGAAGUUGAUGGUUUGUUCAUGUUAAGUAAAGUGUUAAGUAAUGUCAGUUAAGGGAACCUUGAUGUAAAACAUUACAGAAUAACUGAAAGAAAGUAAACAACAGGAAACCUGAACAAGUCCUUAAAGACAAUUAGUAUAAAAGUCCAUAUUUGCAUUAUAUUUAGAAAUACAAUUUUGUUAAACAAUACAAUAUUUCAAUUCACUAAUAAUAUAGUGAACUUUUUUUCUUGUGAUAAAUGAAGGCGCGUGUGUAAAACUGACCAAAUGAAACGUCUUGUUUCCUUCAUAUUGAAGUAACGGUGCGCAAACUUUUGCACUCAACUGUAUAUUUCCACCGAAAUGUUUUGCCAAAAAAAGUUUUAAAGUUAACUUGGCAAAAGUUAAAAAACAAACUGUGUGUUUCUGUGAAGUAUUGUUCUAUAGAUAUCGUGUAAAGCGUGAAACAAGGUGACACCCAACAUGUAAUGUAUAUUUGCUAUACGCCAAAUUUAUCACCUCAGAGUUCACAUAAAAGACAAACUUUUUAUGUAAAAGUCCAGUCAUGAUCUCAAAGACCUCCUCAGAAGGAUUUGUUUGGUGCUACAUCUUAGAACAGGUGCUCAGUACGGUGUUUAAACAAUUCCUGUUUGUAUUUUUCCAUCACUCAGGUUUGUCUUAUAAGAAAUGAAGCCGUUUUCAAAAUCAGAAAAUCGCCCUUGGAUCAUUUUCACAUGUUUUUUUAUUUCCUCCUCUGGGUACAGUAAACUGUGUGUAAUUAUUCUAUAUGUAUUCCUCACAGAUUAGGCUAAUAGCCUUUUAAUUAAAUGUUUAAAUUAAACCAAUGCUAGGUUUAAUCUGUGUCUUAAAGUGCAACUGUGUACUUAAUUUUGCUACAUUAAUCAUUUUAUUUUACACUUAAAACUGAAAGUUUGAAUGUAGUAUUUUGAAUCUUACUAUUCUGUGAUAACUUAGAUGCAAAUUAAAGCCUAGUCUUAGACUUAAAGUGUGAUUUAAACCUACAAAAAACAGCUUGAUGGAACUUAGUUGUAAUGUAUGUCUGGGAAAUCAACCUGUUGUGUCCUUUCCAUUUAAUUUUUUUAUUUUUAUUUGGUCAGGAAUUAGCAUCUUAUUUUCAGUGUUGAUUUGCCUUUUCACACACAGAUAUGCACAGUUGUUUACUAAUGGCUUACGGUUGAGUGCAAAAGUUUGCACACCCAUUGGGACAAAAGGAAUACGACAUGAAAUUUUGUGUGUUCAGUUAAACAGGUGUUCCUUCAUCACUGACAGCAACAGAAAUGGUGAAAUUGUGAAGUUAUUCAAAGUAAAAAAAAAAAAAAAAAUUAAAAAUGAUAGUUCAAAUGUUUGCAUUCUCCUUCCUGAAUGUGAUAUAAAUAUCUAUAAAUCUACUAAAUUCUUUCGUUUGGUUCUAUUCAAAGUUUUUUUUUUUUAAUUGAUAGUUUUGAAUGCUAUUCAGAAUUAUACUUUUAUACCAAAUUUGCCUGAUGUUUUGGAUGUUUUUGUUACAGGAAUCAUUCACUGGAAUCAUUUUUAUCUAUUUUUUUAUAAUCUUUCUUUAUUUCUACUACUACUACUACUACUACUACUAAUAAUAAUAAUAAUAAUGGGUUCCAUUUAUUUAAGGAAAGGAACAAAGUGUUGGGAGAAAAAGGAAGUUUGAAAUUGACUUUUAAAAUAGGAGAAGGAACCACAAAUCAGUCAUUUAAAAAAUUUAUCAAAAUAAAUAUAUAUUUCCUUUUUUUUAUCUAGAAUUCAUGGGGGAUGCUUACUUUUGCACUCAACUGUAUUCUCUUUUUUAUGUAUGUUUAUUAAGACAAUACCUCAUUUGUUAGCUCUUCAUUAAUGUAACCCAAAUCUCAACACUGCCCAAAUGUAGUGUCUAUAAAAGGUUAGUGUUUAUAAAAGGUUAGUGAAUUGUGAGUGUUUUACGACGUGGAAGCCGUGCUCAGACAUGCAGAUCUUUAAAUAAAUAAAUGUGAUGGGCUAAUGAUUAGAUCUCAUUAGCUUGGAAAACUCUUAUUGAACAGGGGUGGGAAAAGUGCAGAGAAACUCUACUUCAGUAAAAGUUUGGUUAUUGCGUCAGUAUCGCAAUAUCGUACUCAAUUAAAAGUAGAAGUGCGGAGCCAGAAAUCUAUUAGUGAAAAUUCGAAAAAUUUAAAGAUACUCAAGUAUUCAAGAGUAAAACUGUAUAUUUUAACUGAUCAAAAAUGAGCAGUCCAGAUAUGAACAUUUAUUUACUUAUUUAUUGUGGUAAAUAUUUAUUAAAUAUUCUGCUAAAACCAAGAAUUUAGCUAGCUGGUUAGCUGAUGUUUAUUAACCCUGUUGGAAUGAAUGCUAAAGUGUCAUUAGCAACAAAACAAAACUAGCUAGCAAACUUACCAAGUUUAAAGCUGUAAAUGUGAUUGGAUGUCAGUUUAAACAAAGCAAAAACACAACUGAGUGGCCUAGCAGCUAGGCAAGAGAAAAUUAGAAACAUAAAUAUCAUGGCAUUUGAGAUUUUUAACAAGUAUUUUGAAGGUCAAAUUGAAAAUAUAAGGAGUAAAAAGCACAUUGUUUCUCUUGCAAAUUUACUUGAGUAAGAGUAUUUAAUUUAAAUAUUACUCGAGUAAAGUACAGAUUGUCCAAAAUGGUACUUAAGUAAAGUAACGCAGUAGAUUUACUCAUGUAUUUUCCACCCCUUGCUUUGAAAGUUUAUUUUGUUUAUUUUGGGUUGUUCAUGAGGUCCAGUGUUUAAAAUAAUGAUAGAUCACUUUACGAGGAGUCUUAAUAUUAAUAUGGCAAGUGGACUUUGAUUUGCCCUCAUAGCGUUCCUUAUGGUGUUCCACAGGGAUCCGUUCUUAGUCCUCUUCUUUUCUCUUUACACAUACUUGUGUCUCUGCACAAUUUUACAAGCUGCUGUUUUUUUUGCCAUCGUUGUUAAAUCUUACCCUACGUUCACACUAGCAAGUGACAAGUCGCUCGAGUCGCUUGUUGUUUGUCUUUUGUGGCUGUGUAACGAACACUUUCUGCCUCUGCAGUGUUUUUUUAGAAGGCAGUAGCUACGUAUAUAUUGUACAUAUAGCUUCUAAAGUUAACUAGUUCAACACAAAUUAAAUAAUACGCUAAUCAGUGUGAAACUAGUUGUUUGCAUUAGCUUCGUUGGCAGAUUAGCAACUAGCUACUAUCUAUGCUAUAUUGUCCGAAACUUUAUUUUCUUCGCGAUGUCCUUAUACUCAUUUAGUAAGAGGUUGUGUAUGACAAAAUACAAUGAAACUACAGAUUUAAGAUUUUUUCUUCUGUUUUUUGAGCAAGAAAUAAUAAACAAGAACUAAUAGCAGGUAGGAACUAAAGUUGUGAGUGGUAAAGUUGUGACAACUCGAGAAACGUCAGAUCACACGCGCCACAGGUUUGAUCGAAGGAUUCAUUCCAGCCAAUUGUUUGGAUUUGCCGCUUUACAGCAUCAUACCUAAUUUGCAUAGAAAUGAAAAGAUCUUAAUUCAAAUGUUGCAUUGUGUCUGAUAUCUUGUCUACGUUUCGCACAUGUGUGUAGAAACUGUUGCUUUGUCGGUUGCUAGUGUGAAGUACGGUUAGCGCUAUGUUUAAAGCCACACACGUUUGGUAUCUCCAUUUUCUUAACAUGUGUCUUUUCUCAGGUGUGAUGUUGUUGCAUAGAAUCUGAAGCAAAUUUUCAGUAUCUUUGCCUUGUUCUGUAAAACUUCCCUGAAAAAAAAACAAAAAAAAAACAAAGUAGACACCUUGCACAAACUAGUUCAUUUCCAUAAAACAGUGGUUCAAACCCGCUGUGUCGCUGGUGCUCUGUGGUGAACUGUCACAUCUAGUGCCAUCACAGCCCUGUAACUUCCUGAACUGUAUUUAAUCGGAUCCGGUUCGGGAACAAACUUGGUGCUCUGGUGUGUUUGUGUCUUCGUGACAGACACACUACCUCAGUUACAACAUGUUUCCUACCAGCACAGUGUCGUCUUUUCACCUGCAAAUGUAUAUCUUUCUAUAUCCAUGUGUUUCUGUGCUCAUUGUCUUCAUAAAGUCCACUGCUGAGAACUGUUUUGGAAUUUAAUCAAAAAUUAAUUUGUAUGGAUUUCUAUGAACAUAGAUAGAAGUUUAACACUGUUAUAUUGAAUUUUAUAAGUUUCUGUUGUUGCCAUUCUGCCUUCAUAUUUAUACAGAUUGACGUUAGCUAGCUAAAUCGUGACCUCAGAACCUUUACCUUGAGUAUGUUGUCUUUUCAUCUUCUUUUCAUGAAUUUCUUUUCAUGAUUUCACAAAAAAAAAACUAUUUAGUUCUUUUCAAGCUUACGUACGUUUCUGUGCACCUCAGAUUGAAACAAUUGGGAAUAUUUAGUCAUGUGACAUUGUGGAAAACUGCUAGCUCAAUCCGAUGACACAACACAGCCUGUUCUGCUAGCAGUGUAAGUUAUCUCAAGCCUAGCUAGCUUAAACACUUCCAGCUAAAAAUACUGACCACACUUUUAAUUAUGACUGUGUGUAGUAAAUAUAAUUAUGAAAUUUGAGCAUUCAAAAUUUAUCAAUAAAAAAUAAACUCUGGGUAGCGUUACAAGCUUUUGCUAGCUAGUGAGCUAGUGAGCUACUUAACUUAGCUAGCAGCAAAUUUGCUUGUACAGCUAAGUUCAUUGUAGCUAAAUAACUGAACUGCUAAUAAACGGAAAAUCAGUAAAAUGCUGAUAUUAGUAUUAGUGGGAUUUUUUUGUUGUUUUUUAAUAAAUGCCUACUUAAGAAAGGAGAAAGAGACUGUCUUGUUUGAUGUUUUUAAUUAAAUGUUUUAAUAAGACAGUUAUUAGUAGUGGAUUCAGACUUUUUGGACCUAGCGUUACUCAAAAAAAAAAAAUCAAUCUGUUCUCGGGAACUAAUUUAUGAAACGCUGAAAUUUGUUCCUGUUUUAAUGUUAUUAUUGACUAGAUUUAAUCUCGUGACCGCUCAAAUGAAACUGCUUCAGGCUGAGGUUUGAUAAACAUGCGUUUGAGAAGAUUUCUUUUCUUUUCUCCUCCCAUCUCCAUGUUAGUUCUUUUGUCAGUAAAAUGUGUGAACAUACAAGAAUGUACAUAAACGUCUUAAUAAAGACAUGAAGGUGAUUCAGAAAAGUGGAGCCACGUUGUGUUUCCUUAUAGACUUAAAACUAAAAUUUACUUUCUUAAUGAACAUCACAGGAAAAGGAAGAACUCAACAGGAGGAAACUGUCUUUUCCACACCAGAAAUAUUGGCACCCUGUGAAUCAUGAGUCGUUUUAUGUAGACAAAUACUAAUGUAAUAUUGUAUAGUGUAUAAUAUAUACAUAUAUACAGCCAGCUCAAGAAUUACUCGUGCUGUUGAUAAAGAUGGAGAAAAGGGUUAUGAA